GUCAAUCUGGAACAUAAACAUGUGAUUGCCACAACACUUUGCUUGACCUUUUUCGACGACAAGAAGUUACAAAAUAAACUAGAUCGACGAUUGGAACGCCAACCCAAAAGGCUGUCAUCCACCUAAUUGGUCACAAAAUUAUGAUUACUUUAGCCUCAAAAGCAUGCGGCUCUUUGAAAUUGUCCAGACUUCCCUGCUUGCUGCCUCAAAGCAGAAAUUCUCUAGUCAACUCAGGUAAAAACUGGUUUGUUUUAAGAAAUUUUACCGAACAAUCCAGGCUGCUACGAAGACAGAACGUCCUACAAAAUACAAAAGUUGGAAAGUGGACCAUAGGAAUUGGACUUGCUGGUGGACUUUCAGCAUCUCUCGUUAUUAGGUGCUCCAAAUCUCGAGUCUAUUGUGAUGGGAAAAUUAAGGCGUCAAGUCGGCUCGUUGGCGCGAAGGACGAAAAAGCCUCUGCAAAAGAUCCGCCUUUUGACUGGAAGAAAUUUUUCUCAUUAUUGAGGCCACACAUUUUACACUUGCUGGCAGCUAUUGUGGCCUCUUUUGUGGUGGCGGCGUUAAAUAUACAAAUUCCUCAAGUGCUCGGAACUGUAGUUAAUGCAAUGACAGCAGUUAUGAGUGGCAAAACGAUAGAAAACUUUUCAAAAGCAAUAACCGAGCCUGCUUUGAAGCUGGUCAAACUUUACUUUGCACAGGCUGUGUUUACCUUUGGUUAUAUUUACCUCCUUUCCAAUGUUGGUGAGCGGGUGGCCUCUGAACUCCGAAAGGAACUUUUUGCAUCGAUUUUACGACAAGAUAUUACGUUUUUUGACAAGCAUAGAACUGGCGAAUUGAUUAACAGGCUAACUACUGAUGUCCAAGACUUUAAGAGCUCUUUCAAAAUGUGCAUAUCCCAAGGUCUUAGGAGUUUUGCUCAAAUUGUUGGUUGCGCCGCCUCCAUUGUGAUGAUUUCCCCUGAAAUGACAGUGGGGAUGCUGCUAGUGAUGCCUUCCAUUGUGGUUAUUGGUACCUUGUUUGGUUCUUUCCUGAGAAAAUUUUCCAGAGAAGCGCAAAUUCAGAUUGCCCAAUCGACUUCUGUUUGUGAAGAAGCAAUAAGCAACAUGAGGACGGUCAGGGCCUUUGCAAUGGAGGGCCAGGAACAAGAGUUGUUUGCAAGAGAAACAGACUUAGCCUGCAAAAUGAACGAGAAAUUGGGUCUUGGCAUCGGCCUCUUUCAGGGCGGAACAAAUUUCUUCCUCAAUGGCCUGGUGCUUGGCACGCUCUGGUUUGGUGGAAAAUUGAUUGCCUCAAACCAGUUGGAGGCUGGAGACCUGAUGGCUUUUCUUGUGGCUUCCCAAACUAUUCAGCGGUCGGUGGCGCAACUUUCGUUACUUUUCGGGCAUCUAGUCAGGGGACUUGGCGCUGGCGCCAGAGUUUUGGAAUACAUUAAAUUAGAGCCGACUGUGCCACUAACAGGGGGAAAGAAGAUUCCCUAUCACUCGCUAUUUGGAGAGGUGGUGUUUGAAAAUGUGACGUUUUCUUAUCCUACCAGAGAAGGCCAGCCAGUUCUGAAGAACUUCAAUUUGAAGCUUCCAGCUGGUAAAGUUGUAGCGAUUGUUGGUUCCUCGGGAGGUGGAAAGUCAACAAUUGCAGCUCUUCUGGAGAGAUUCUACGAGGUUGAUGAGGGUCGCAUCACCUUAGACGAUUUUGAAAUUACAAAACUAGACCCAUCAUGGCUUCGCGGGCGAGCCAUUGGAUUUAUCAACCAAGAACCAAUUCUUUUUGCAACUUCCGUAAUGGAAAAUAUUAGAUAUGGUCGACCCAAUGCUACUGACCUUGAGGUCAUAGCUGCUGCACGACUUGCAAAUGCUGAUGGUUUCAUCAAUACGUUCCCAAAAGGCUACGACACAGUUGUGGGGGAGAGAGGGGUGACUAUAUCUGGAGGCCAAAAGCAAAGAAUUGCUAUUGCCAGAGCUCUAUUGAAGAAUCCGUCCAUUCUUAUUUUGGAUGAAGCUACUAGUGCUUUGGACACAGAAUCAGAAAGGCUUGUCCAAGAGGCCCUUGACCACGUUGUUCAUGGUCGCACAACUCUUGUCAUUGCUCACCGACUCAGCACUAUUAGAAAUGCUGAUAUUAUUGCUGUGGUGGCCCAUGGGCGAGUAGUUGAGCUUGGUGAUGAUCGUUCUUUGAGAAGAAAGAAGGGUCUCUAUUGGACUUUGGUGCAGCAACAAGAAAGACAAGAGCUGGAGGAAGUACAAGCACAAAGACCGCAGUCAGGGUAAUUUAAUAUUACAGAUUUGUUUGGAGAGAGCAACAUUUGACUUGCUGGAUCCAGUUGUUAUAUUUUGUGUGCAAGAUUAAGAUGCUAUGUAAAGCGUUUUCAAUGGUGUCAUUUUCACAAAAAUAAACAUAUAAUUAUUUAUUGAACAUUGCGAAAAUUGGCUGCUGGUUUUU